AUGCAGCGAAUGCAUGAUCAAGUUAAGAAUAAUAAGUUAGAGAAAGAACAGAGAAGUCAAAUUCCCUUACCCCUACCUCCCCCAGGCCGUGGGAUACCUAUUUCCCCAUUUCGGAGACAGGAAGGGAGUGAUAGUACUCAUAGUACAAAUCCGGUUGAUGCUAAGAGGAGGAAGGUGACUAUGAAUACUACUUUGAAGAAAGCAUUCCAGAAUAAUGCUAGACAUUAUUUGGAUAGCAGAAUUGUUAGGAUGUUUUACACCGGUGGGCUUCCGUUUAACUUUGCAAGGAACCCACAUUAUCGUAGUUCCUAUGCAUUUGCUGCUACCCAUAGCAUUCUGGGUUAUCUUCCUCCUGGAUACAAUGCUUUGAGAACAACACUUUUGCAAAAAGAAAGAGCUCAUGUUGAAAGACUUUUGAAACCAAUUAAGGACUCUUGGCUUGAAAAUGGUGCAAUUGAUGGGUCAGGUGAGUUCAAAGACAAACAUUAUAUUGCUGGGGUGUUGAAGAAUGCUAUAAAAGAGAUUGGACAUGAAAAAGUUGUCCAAGUCAUCACUGAUAAUGCUAAUGUGAUGAAGUUUGCUGGAGCUCUUAUUGAAGCUUUGAAGAAUAUAUGUGCAGCAAAAAACACUGAAAAGAAUGAAGUUACAUAUGAGGAAUGUGGUUGGAUUACACGUGUUGCUAAUGAUGCAUCCUUUAUACGUGUUUUUAUCAUGAACCAUUCAAUGAGGUUGGCAAUGUUUAAUGAAUUUUGUCCAUUAAAACUACUCCAAGUUGCUGAUACUAGAUUUGCUUCGGUGGUUGUAAUGUUGAAAAUGUUGAAGUUGAUAAAAAGAUGCCUUCAAGCCAUGGCUAUUAGUGACCAAUGGGUUUCUUAUAGGGAGGAUGAUGUUGGAAAAGCUCAAAAGGUGAAAGAUAUGAUUCUAAGUGAUCUUUGGUGGGAUAAUAUUGAUUAUAUCCUUGAAUUCACAGCACCCAUUUAUAAUAUGCUACGAAUAGCCGACACAAAUAAGCCUUGUCUUCAUCUUGUGUAUGACAUGUGGGAUUCAAUGAUAGAGAAGGUGAAGGUAGUAAUGUAUCGGCAUGAAGGCUUGGAAGAUGAUCAGUAUAGCUCAUUUUGGGAUGUGGUGUAUGAUAUACUCACUGAUCGAUGGACUAAAAAUUGUACACCACUACAUUGCUUGGCUCAUUCCUUAAAUCCUAAGUAUUACUUCAUUGAAUGGCUUUCAGAGAAUCCAAAACACAUCCCUCCACAUCAGGAUCAUGAAAUUUCUAUGGAAAAAAGCAAGUGUUUGGAGCGAUACUUUGAAGAUGAGAAUGACUCAACGGUGGUGAAGUUUGAGUUUGCUAAAUUUUCAGGAGGGAGGUUUCCUUCACCAGGUGCCUUGACAGAUAGGUGGGCUUUACAACCUUUGGUUUGGUGGCAAUACCAUGGCUCCGCAUUUCCAACUCUUCAAACCCUUGCCCUUAAACUUCUUGGACAACCUUGCUCAUCCUCAUGUGCUGAGAGAAAUUGGAGCACAUACAAAUUCAUUCAUUCCUUAAAAAGAAACAAAAUGGCUCCUGCACGCGCUGAGGAUUUGGUAUAUGUGCAUUCUAAUCUUCGACUCUUGUCAAGGUGCAAUGAAGAGUACAUACAUACAACAACAAAGAUGCGGGAUAUUGCAAGAGACUCUUGGAAUGAGAGCGACAUACAUGGAGGAGCUCAAAUUCUUGAGAAUGCAGCUCUUACACUUGAUGAGCCAGAGUUGGAGGCCAUGGUUAUUGGGAAUGUUAACACUAGUGCUACUACUAGUGAAAGUGAAGUUUGA